CACUGCACUGUUCACACACUCUUCUGCUAACAUUAGAAACUACAACAGGUUGUACAAGCUCAGUAAAUUAGAGUAAUUACAUUACAGAUGCAUCAUGAUGAAAAUCACUUCGAUUUUGUCUCUCCUAUUUAUCUCAGGAUUUUGCUACUUCACUUUGUGCUCUUCAGAUUUUCACCUCAUUAAACGUUCUAUGAACUAUGAAGAAGCAAAAAACUACUGCAGAAACACAUUUACGGAUUUAGCUUCAGUCCACAACUUAACAGACAUGAAUAACUUGAUAAAGGUAGUGUCAAACAACGCUCAAAGAGCCUGGAUAGGACUGGAGAUAGCUGAUGUGCGGACAUGGUAUUGGUCUCGGCCAAAUCAGAAGCUGGAUUUCUUGAACUGGAGGGAAGGAGAGCCAAAAAUAAAUGAUGAAGAUAAAUGUGGAGCAAUGGAUGAAGAUGGCAAGUGGUUUGAAAGUGACUGUGAUGCUCAAAGAAGCUUUGUUUGCCACAGAGUUCAGGAUAACGGCAGCCACAUUUUUGUUGCUGGGAAGCAAUCGUGGAGGAAUGCUCAAAGCCACUGCAGAGACCUGUUGACUGAACUGGUUAGCAUAAACUCAGCCGAGGAGAAUGAAGCUGUGAAAAAUUUGUCCCAAAAUGUGUGGAUCGGCCUCUUCAAAGACCUUUGGAAGUGGUCUGAUGGAAGCAACUCAUCAUUUCGCUUCUGGAAGCCAGGUCAGCCCAACUAUCGUAACGAUCAGGAGUGUGUUGCUGGUGUAUUCAGAGACACCGGGCAGUGGAAUGACUUGAGGUGCACCACUAGGCGCAGUUUUGUUUGUCGUGGGGCAAAUAAAGAAGUUCUAACAACAACCCUGGAGACAAGCACACAGGAGCCCCUCACAACAAAUCCUCUAAGAACCAGUGAGACAACUCCUCCAGGCAAUUCAUCUCAAGACAUCACGACAACUGUUCAUUUCAGUGUGGUCGCUUCAACAAACCAAUCAAACCCUGCUAAUAUUACCAGUGGCACAACCACAGCCACUGUAUCAGAACCUGUGUCAAGUUCUGCCAACACUGAGCUUAACAAUGUCACUACACAACUGGUGAACAUAACAGCAGUAACACCUCUAACCUCUACCGUUCAAGUAACACAGGGAUUUUCUGUAUCACAAUAUUCAACUCAGAGUGAAACAACAUUAGAACCCACUGAGAAUAGUCACAGUUUGACUCCAGGACGCAUAGUAUUAAUUCAGAAAAAUAUGACAUGGAUGGAAGCUAUGAGCUACUGCAGACAGCAUCAUAUUGACCUGGUUUACAUUACCACCAAAGACAUUCAGCAGAAAGUGGCUGAAAAGGCAAAGAAUGCCUCGUCGCCCCAUGUUUGGCUCGGCUUACGCUAUGCCUGUAACUUUAACUUCUGGUUCUGGACCAGAUCGACCCUUGGCUGUUAUCAGAACUGGGCCCCAGGACAAGGAUCUGAGGGGAUGUAUGGCUGUGGCACAACUGGGGCCAUUGAGGCCACUGGGGGGCAGCAGUGGGUAGGCUUGCCUCAGACUGAAAAACUGAACUUCAUUUGCUUUGCAUGUGGUGGGUGAGUGUGGAGAACUGGUAACAUCAUAUACAUAUAUAUGUAUAUAUAAAAUAAAGAUUCAGUGCUUCUCCAGCAAUUGGGGAAAUAAAGUAUCUGUGUUUUUUCAUUGUGAUAUUGUAGCAUCUCUUCAGUCAACACUGCAAUGAUGCAGCCAAUGGACUUUGACAGAUUUUAACAGAGAUAUCAUGGUUAUUUUAGCCUCACUUAUGACGUCGCCUUUGUCAUCUUUGUUGAGAUACAGCUGCCUGCCCUAUUGUUGAGCUUGAAUUUCAUUGAAUAUGAAAACCUCAUGUGGAGUGUAGGCGUGCACAUUCACAGUCAUGGGCAGCAAGAGUAAUGUGAGAACAUUGAUCUGCCUGUGCCUUUCACUUGAGGUUACUAUUUGCAUGUUGACCCCUUAGGUGGGGCCCCCAAAUUUUUUUUUUGGACCACAACAGCCUGGCCUCGAUGCAGACUGCUUACUGCCCUCUCUGACCUGACCUUCACUAGCAGCCGCAUGGAAGACAGAGCCCACAGACACUCACCUUCCUGUCUGCAGCCUUGAGGUGCACGGAUCAUGUGGAACCAUGUGAAGUGGAACUGAGGGAACCCUUUUCAACAUGGAAAAGUUGAUUUUGUUACUUUUGUGUACUAAAUGCAGUGGACAGUGUCAAAUGUUACAGAUUUUGUAUAGAACCAGUCCUGAGAAAUCUCAUGUAUUAUCUGUAUUUGAUAUCUGUUCUGUUGUCACAUAUCACUGCAACAAAAAUCACUUCCUUCACUCCACUGAAAGACUAAACAAACUAUGACAUUUUUUUGUCAGGUAGCACAGAAGUUUAUGUUUCCUGGAGUAGGAAAAAGAUGAGCCUGUGUAAGAAAUAACACAACAUUGAAAAAUGUAUUGCUGUUGCU